AUGACGUCAAGUACCCAAGCCUACGGUGAACCAUGGUACUGGGACAACCGCUACACCAACGAACCUGGUCCCUUCGAUUGGUACCAAAAGUACCUCACUUUGGCUCCCAUCAUCAAUCUCUAUGUCCCUACUACCCAACCCGUUCUCAUCGUUGGUUGUGGCAACUCAGCCUUCAGCGAAGGCAUGGUGGUUGAUGGUGGUUACACAGACGUUGUCAACAUUGAUAUAUCUUCGGUGGUCAUUGAAGCAAUGAAAAGCAAACACCAUGAUUGCCCCCAAUUGAAAUAUAUGAAAAUGGAUGUGAGAGACAUGAGUGAUUUUGAAUCGGAGUCUUUUGCUGCUGUUAUUGACAAAGGGACUCUUGACUCUAUCUUGUGUGGAAAUAAUUCAAGGCAAAAUGCUACAAAAAUGCUUGAGGAGGUUUGGAGGGUCCUCAAGGAUAAAGGAGUUUAUGUUCUGGUGACAUAUGGAGCUCCACUAUAUCGUCUACGUUUGCUACGGGAUUCGUCCUCAUGGACAAUAAAACUCCAUGUGAUAGAGAAACUUGCAUCAGAAGAGAAAUCUGAUCAACCAGUUUGGGAUCUGACAAAACCUGUUCCCCUCAAUGAUGAUGGAAGCUCUGUGGAGGAAGCCCUAGGACGAAAUCCUGAUGUGCAUUAUAUAUAUAUUUGUACCAAGGAAAUUUCUGCUAACUCAAACAAAGUUGCAUGA